AUUUAUUUAAAAUGAACUCUUACGGACAUAAGCCUGACUAUCCCUUUCAGCCAAAGGAGUUGAAACCUCGUUUCGCAACUGAUAGCUUAGGCGAGUUUAUGAAGUAUAGCAAUCAGUCUAAGCCAAAAGGCUCUGAGGGAUACGGAGAUCCCAAGGGAAAUUAUCAUUAUAAAGAGGAACAGAAGAGGCCUGAAUAUGCAAAUAUCAAUUAUGGUAGUACAGGGACUAAUAAUUAUAAUUACCCAAGCCAUGGCAGGCUGAGGAGUGAUGCGACAAAUUAUUCUGAAACCACCAACUCUUCCUACCCGAGGGAUAGUAGGCUGAGUAGCAGUGGAAGAAGAGUCAGCAAUGGAUUCAAUACCCUCGGUAAGAAUAUUGUAAGCAAUGGAGGAUUUUCUGAGCCUGUUACAAGAGAAGGCGAGCAUAAUUCAACUAUUAAGAAGCCUACCCAAGUCAGGCCUCUUAAUAAUGCUUACCAAGAUACUGGCUAUGUUUACAAGAUGAACAGCAACACAAGUAAAGCUUCAACUGGGAUAACAGAAGAGUCUGAAAAAGACAGAAGAUAUGGAAUUGAUAGAUGGAGGCAGCCUGAUAGAACAAAAGAUUGGAACAACCCAACUAGGCAAACCCCAAACUCUAAUUUUAGGAAUAAAAUGAAUGAUACAUUCACUUCACAAAAAGCUAAAAGAAAUGUGAGUGAUUAUUAUAACAUUAAUAAUCGGCCUGUCCACUCUCGCGAGCGAGAAGAUACAAAGGUAGACAGCACAAAGUCUCCAGAUUUCUCUACCAUAGGGCUUGAAAAUAUUGGUAACACAUGAUACAUCAACGUGAUUCUUCAAUGACUAUUCCACCUGAAGGAAUUCAAUAGCAUUUUCCUGGAUGGAUCUUAUAUGAAAAUGCUCAAUACAUCACAAAGCAGUAAGAUGUGUCAAGCAUAUGCUGAGCUUUUGGAGAAGACUAUCAACCCUGCGACACCUGUGAAGCCAUCUAGGUCCAAAAUGUCUUGGAAGCGAAGCAUCCAAGACUACUUAUCAACUAAGGACUUUAAAAAGGAGUUGUGUCUUAAUUUCCCUAACUUCAAAGGUUACGACCAACAUGAUGCCCACGAGUUAUGCACAUCUUUGCUAGACAUCAUGUGAAAAGAGUUAAAUAGAGUCAGAAGAAUGCCUAAGUAUAAAGAGCUCAAGAUCAAAUCUUCAGAGAGCAUCGAGAAGCAAGCUAAAUAAGUAUUCAGAUUAUUUCAAGGAGAGAGAGGACUCCCAUGUCACCGACUGCUUCCAGGGCCAAAAUAUGACAGAAAUUAAAUGAAAUAAAUGUGGAAAUGCCUCGUACUCCUUUGAGGCUAUUAUGUUCCUUCAUCUUGAGUGAGACAAUAAGAAAAGAAUGAGCGUUGAUGAACUAGUUGAGAACUUCUCUAAACCUGAGAUAAUCGAUGAUUUUAAGUGAAGUAAAUGUAAGAAAGAGACAAAGCAUACAAAGAAAUCCUACCUCUAUACAGUUCCCAAGUUUUUGAUUGUGCAUAUAAAAAGGUUUGAGAUUGGGUAUUACUCUGCAAAGAAGGUUUCCACUACUGUAGAGUUAGACAACAAGCUUAAAAUUCCGACUUAUGACGGGAAUAUGGUCACUCUAAAUUUAUCAAGCAUAAUCCAUCAUCGUGGAAGCUUGAAUUCUGGACAUUACUAUUGAGAAAUUAAGGAUAAGCUCCCUAGUGGAGAGAAGAAAUGGCAUAUGUUCAAUGAUGAGAUGGUAUCUUCGGCCACGGUAAAUGGCUACAGCAAGACAUGAUACAUCAUGUUCUAUGAAAGAGAAUCUUAAGAUGAGCUUUAAUAAUUCUUUCAGUUUUCUGGCAUCCUUUAUUCAAU